CAUCAACAAGCUUAUAACCCAAUCCCAACUUCAUCGCUUAGAGUGAGGAGGCUUAUCGCGUCAAAGCUCCCACUCUCACCCUCAUCACUCGCGUUUUCCAAAUAUCCCGUCUACCCGCGUCCCCGAACACAUCCCGACUACUCGCCAUAUAACCGUCAGAGAUGGCGCAAGACGGCGAGCGGUCAGCUCCCGCCGACAAGGGCAAGGGCAAGGUUGACGAUAUCAAGGAGUUGUCUGGAGGAAAGAAGACAGCGGCUGAUGAGAAGCCACAAGCCGAUGGCAAGCAGAAGGAUGACGAGUCGAAAGAGGAAGAGCUCAGUGAAGAGGAUCAGCAGCUGAAGAAUGAGCUGGAAAUGCUCGUGGAGAGGUUAAAGGAGCCCGAUACCUCGUUGUACGCCCCUGCCUUGGACGCAAUUAAGAACUUCAUCAAGACCUCGACAUCUUCUAUGACUGCCGUUCCCAAGCCUUUGAAAUUUCUAAGACCGCAUUAUGAUGAGCUCACAGAGCUCUAUGACAAGUGGGCAGUUGGCCCGGUUAAGGACUCGCUGGCCGAUAUGCUCUCAGUUCUUGGCAUGACCUACGGAGAUGAGGAGAAGCUCGAGACCCUAAAGUACCGCCUUCUCACCAAGUCCGAAGACCUCGGUUCUUGGGGCCACGAAUACAUCAGACACCUGGCGCUGGAAAUCGGUCAAGAGUACCAAAACAGGCUGAAUGCUGAAAAGGAUGUACAGGACUUGAUUGAUCUGUCGCUGUCUCUUGUUCCGUACUUCCUGAGCCACAACGCCGAAGCCGAUGCCGUCGACCUUCUCAGUGAGCUUGAGAUCAUCGAGGAGAUCCCGCGCUUUUUGGACGAAAACACAUACGCAAGGGUCUGCUUGUACAUGGUCAGCAUGGUCAAUCUCCUCACAUACCCCGAAGACCAGCAAUUCCUUCGCACCGCCCAUGAGAUCUAUGUCCGCUACAAGGAGCUCACCAAGGCCAUUGUUCUUGCUAUCCGUCUGAACGACAUUGACCUCAUUAAGAGCGAUCUCAAUGCCACUUCGGACAGGUCCCUCAAGAAGCAGAUGGCGUUCCUUGUUUCCAGGCAACAAAUAUGGCUUGACCUGCCUGAGGAAGAGGAAGACCAGUCCUUCAUGGACUGCUUGAACAACACCUCCAUCCCCAAGCACUUCAAGUCUCUUGGAAAGGAGCUCAACAUCCUUGAUCCCCAGAUGCCGGAAGACAUCUACAAGACGCACCUCGAGAGCAGCCGCGGUGCUGGCCUUACGAAUGUCGACUCCGCCAGGCACAAUCUUGCCAGUGCCUUCGUCAACGCAUUCGCCAACGCUGGGUAUGGCAACGAUAAGAUGAUGCUUGUGGAGGGUGACAAGGGCCCCUGGGUCUGGAAGACAAAGGAUGACGGCAUGCUGUCGACAACGGCUUCGAUGGGUAUGCUUCUGCACAGGGAUGUCGAGAUUGGUCUGGAUAAGAUCGACAGGUAUACCUAUGCCUCGGAGGAUCAGAUCAAGGCUGGUGCAUUGCUUUCUAUCGGUAUCCUCAACUCUGGAGUGCGCAUAGACUCCGACCCUGCUCUGGCUCUUCUCAGUGACCCCGACAAUCUCGAGGCCAAGAGUGUGCCCAUGAGAGUUGCUUCUAUCAUGGGUCUUGGUCUGGCUUAUGCCGGAUCAAACAAGGAGGAGUUGCUUGAGGUCCUACUCCCCAUUGUUGAGGAUGGGUCCUUGGACAUGCAGCUGUCUGCCAUGGCAGCUGUAUCCCUGGGUCUUAUCUUUGUGGGAUCUUCUAACCACCAGGUCAGUGAGGCCAUUGCCACCACACUGAUGGACGAAGAGCGGCAGAAGCACCUCAAGGAUAAGUGGACUCGCUUCAUGGCCCUGGGUCUGGCGCUCCUGUACUUCGGUCGUCAGGAGGAGGUCGACGUCAUCCUUGACAUCCUGAAGGCGGUCGAUCACCCUAUGGCCAAGCCGACUUCAGUCCUCGCUUCGGUCUGCGCCUGGGCGGGUACUGGCACCGUCCUGAAACUGCAGGAGCUCCUUCACAUCUGCAAUGAUAUCAUUGAUGAGACCGAGGAAAACAAGGGUGAUGAGCUUGUCCAGUCGUAUGCUGUUCUGGGUCUGUCACUUAUUGCUAUGGGUGAGGAGGUCGGACAGGAUAUGAUCUUGCGGCAGUUCGGCCACCUAAUGCACUACGGCGCCAGCAACAUCCGCAAGGCUGUUCCCCUUGCUAUGGGGUUGAUCACACCCAGCAACCCUCAGAUGAAGGUUUAUGACACCCUGUCCCGGUACAGUCACGAUACCGACAACGAUGUCGCAAUCAACGCCAUUUUUGCCAUGGGUCUUUGCGGUGCUGGUACUAAGAACGCCCGUCUGGCACAGCUGCUUAGGCAGCUGGCCAGUUAUUACCACCGCGACCAGAACACUUUGUUCAUGGUCCGCAUUGCCCAAGGUCUCUUGCACAUGGGCAAGGGUACAAUGACCCUGAACCCCUUCCACACAGACCGCCAGGUCCUCUCGCGCGUAUCAGCCGCAGGCCUGCUCACCGUCCUGGUGUCCAUGAUCGAUGCCAAGCAAUUCGUCCUCGCCGAACACCACUACCUCCUCUACUUCCUCAUCACCGCCAUGUACCCACGCUUCCUUGUCACGCUCGACGAAGACCUGCAGCCUCUCACCGUCAAUGUCCGGGUCGGUCAGGCUGUGGACGUUGUUGGCCAGGCGGGUCGCCCCAAGACCAUCACCGGCUGGCAAACACAGAGCACGCCGGUGCUGCUGGCCUAUGGCGAACGUGCAGAGCUCGAAGACGAGCAGUACAUUCCUCUUAGCAGCACCCUGGAGGGUCUGGUCAUCUUGCGCAAGAACCCCAACUGGGAAAGUUCCGACUCGGUCUAAGGGUCCUUCGACGUGACACGACUUUGUGGGUGAGCUGAGCAAGGGGCAUAUUGCUCAGGUACUGUGAUUUCAUGUAAUCAGCACGAAUUGGAAAAUAGCAGGCACCGAUUGUCAUUAUGUUCGAUCUAUCAAUUAGAACUGGUGGAUGUGGCACGGGUGAUCAUUGCUAGUAUGAUUUCUAGGCUUAUAUAUGUCUGAGAAACCUCAAUUGAAAUAGGUUCUUUCGCCG